AUGCGUACACCGAUGAACUACGAGGAAUUGAGCAAAGCACAGCAAUCGGACGAGGAACUACAAAGAUUUCGACAGCAGAACUCCGGUCUAAAAAUGGAAAGAAUAAAGAUACCAGGAACAGAAGUAGACGUGUGGUGUGACAUGUCAACGCCAACGCCGCGGUCUUUUCUGACGAGACCAUUCCGGAGGAGAGCGUUUCAUACGGUUCAUGAGCUGGCACAUCCAGGGAUAAAAGCGACGGUCAGAAGCAUGUCGCAGAGAUAUGUCUGGCCAUCAAUAAAAAAAGAUUGCAGAAAUUGGGCCCGUGAAUGCAUACCAUGCCAGCGAACAAAAGUUACGAGACACGUGGCAGCGCCGCUGAAAGGAUUCGACACGCCGUCGCGGCGAUUCGAACACGUACAUAUAGACAUAAUCAUAUUGCCAAUGUCGGAAGAUAAAAGAUAUUGCUUGACGUGUGUGGACCGCUUUACGCGCUGGCCAGAGGCGUUUCCGUUGGAAAACCAGGCAGAGACAGUGGCUAGAGCCUUCUUCGAUGGGUGGAUCUGCCGAUUUGGAGUCCCCUUGCGAGUGACCACGGACCAGGAAAGGCAGUUUGAAUCCCAGCUGUUCCGGCAACUGAAUAAGUUGGCAGGAGCGACACAUUUGAGAACGGCAGCAUAUCAUCCGCAGGCGAAUGGAAUGGUAGAGCGAUUCCAUCGCCAGCUGAAGGCAGCCAUAAAAUGCCACGGGAACGACCAAUGGACUCGAGUACUGCCGGCCGUGCUAUUGGGAAUCAGAGCAGCCUGGAAGGACGACCUGCAGACGACGGCCGAGCUCGUCUACGGAGAGAUGCUGCGACUCCCGGGACAGCUGCUUACUCAAUGCACGGCGGAGGAGUCAGCCGAUGACGCGAAUUUUAUUAAGAAAUUACGUCAUCGGUUCGAUGAGCUGCGCCCGCCGCCGUAUGACGGUUUAUUUGAAGUGGUAGAACGCGGCGAUAAGAAUUUCGUUGUGCGCGUGCAUGGUAAACCGGUAACCAUCGCUAUUGAUCGGCUAAAGCUGGCAUAUAUCUUUACAGAAGGCACAGGUAAACAAGCAAGCAGAGCCGAGACCGAGAGGAACAAGGCCGCGGACGAGACGCUGGUCGGAGCCGAGUGA